GAUGAGGCAACGGCACAGGGAUAAAGCUUAACGAUGUCCUCCAGAGUCCACUGGCCACCACAUCGGCUUCCUUUCUCCCGCGGCACAGAUCCCUCUCACGAUGUCCGUUCGCGUGAAAAAUUGUCCUAGACUUGAUGCGAAUAUUUGAAUUUCGGUCGCACCCUGGUCCUCGAGCCACGUCAAGCUUAAGUAUCAUAAGGUGCCGAGCCGGGCACUAAUCGCACUCGAGCAAUUACGGACGCGUUGAUAUCGAAAGUCGCCUCGUUUAUCAAGAGAAUUCGAGGACUGCUGUCCGGACGGACCUUGGGAUGUUCUGUAUCACCGCCGGCCAACAUUUUGCUUCCCAAAUACAGCACCCGCACCCCGACGAUUUUGUGCUGCUCCCCCAACGGCUUAAACUUACGUAGAUUGGGUUGGUUCACUUGCGUCAAGUGAUGACGACACGAAAAAACGGAUCUAUCCCGGCUCAGCUCUAUAAUAAAGGGGUUCCUGUCUGCUCUUUCGUGCAUCUCCUCCUACCUACCCAUCAACAUGGUCGUUAAUGACACCACCGGGAAACUCUCCGCUGCCGUCAGUGGCCUCGCCAACGGGAACCACACGUCCUCUCUGCCCCUGCUCUCCGCUUUCCUGACGGGGCAGAAGGAGCUGGAGGCCUAUCGGAAUGGAAAGCGCACCGUCCAGGUCGACGGCUCGACGCUGUCGAUUUCUGCCGUGACGGCCGCUGCGCGCGACAUUGGUGUUGAGAUCGAACUGCACGCGGACGCCCAGGACCGCGUUGCCAAAAGUCGCGCCGUUAUCACGGACAAGGUCGACAAAGGAGUUAGCGUUUAUGGACUGAGCACCGGCUUCGGUGGCAGCGCGGACACGCGAACCGACCAGCCGCUGCUUCUUGGAAAUGCGCUUCUCCAGCAUCAACACGCGGGGGUUCUUCCUUCAUCGCAGGAUGUGCCCGUGCUGCUUCCUCUGCUGGAUCCCGGGAGCUCGACGACGAUGCCCGAGAGCUGGGUCCGCGGUGCCAUUCUGAUCAGAAUGAAUUCUCUCAUCCGCGGCCAUUCGGGCGUGCGAUGGGAGCUCAUCGACAAAAUCAAUCAAGUCUUGUGUGCCAAUGUGGUUCCGGCUGUGCCCCUGCGAGGUUCUAUCUCGGCCUCGGGUGAUUUAUCCCCUCUUUCGUACGUGGCAGGAUUGCUAGUCGGCAAUCCUUCGAUCCGCGCUUUCGAUGGGCCGCCUGCCUUCGGUUCACGCAAGAUGGUUUCAUCACGUGAGGCCCUUCUGGCGCACAACAUCCAGCCUAUCGCAUUAGCCUCGAAGGAGCAGCUCGGCAUUUUGAAUGGAACUGCAUUCUCUGCGAGUGUGGCGUCGCUGGCAUUGAAUGAUGCCGUCCAUUUGGCGGUGCUUGCGCAGAUCUGCACAGCCAUGGGCACCGAGGCACUCGUCGGCACGCGUGCCUCCUUCGACGCGUUCAUCCAUUCCACUGCUCGCCCUCAUCCUGGUCAGGUCGAAUGCGCGGAGACCAUCUGGCGUCUGCUCGAGGGAAGCAAGCUUGCACAAGCGCACGAAGAAGAAACCAGCCUCGAGGACGACAAGUACUCCCUUCGUCAGGACCGGUAUCCCCUCCGCACCUCUCCCCAGUUCUUGGGACCGCAGAUCGAGGACAUUCUCUCGGCACUCAAGACUGUCACUCAAGAAUGCAAUUCAACCACGGAUAACCCCCUUGUUGAUGGAGAAACCGGCGAAGUUCAUCAUGGUGGCAACUUCCAAGCUGUUUCGGUCAGCAAUGCAAUGGAGAAGACGCGUCUGGCUCUGCAUCACAUCGGCAAACUAUUAUUCGCACAGACUACGGAACUAUUGAACCCCGCCAUGAACCGGGGCUUGCCUCCAUCCCUAGCAGCCUCCGAUCCAUCCCUCAACUAUUUCGCCAAGGGCAUCGAUAUUGCCGCUGCAGCCUAUGUUUCUGAGCUCGGAUACCUCGCCAAUCCCGUCAGCACUCACAUCCAAUCUGCGGAAAUGCACAAUCAGGCAGUCAACUCCCUUGCUCUGAUUUCCGCGCGGGCAACCAUCAACUCUCUGGACGUAUUGUCGAUGCUCAUUGCUUCGUACCUCUAUGUUCUCUGCCAAGCCGUGGAUGUCCGGGCCCUACAAUCCGAGUUUGCAGAGGGUCUCCGGGACAUCCUGAACCAAGAAAUGGAGUCGGCGUUUGCUCCUUCCUUGGUCCCUCAUAGGAUUACAAAGGAUGUCUUCAGAACCAUGACCGCCACUCUGGAGCGCACGAGCACCAUGGACGCCUUUGACCAGAUGCGGGAGGUGGCUGCCUCGAGUUCGACGCUGCUCCUCCGCUUCUUCACGAGCACCGAGUUUGUUGGAAGUAGCUCCUCCGGCUCUGCGCUCGCCGGCAUCCCCGCGUUCCAAGAGAAGGUGGCUACCCGCGGCGCCAUGCUCCUUCACAAGAUCCGCGGCGACUUCCUGUCUGGGACGCGCGGCCCGACCCCUGCAAGCUGCUAUCUCGGCAGGACCAAGCCGAUGUACGAGUUCAUCCGUGUCCGGCUCGGUGUGAAGAUGCACGGGAUUGAGAACUAUACUGGAUUCGCCAACGGGAUGGGUGUUGAUGACGUCACGGUUGGACAAAAUGUCUCGACUAUUCAUGAGGCGAUCCGAGACGGUGCUAUGCAGAGCAUGUUGGUCGGCCUCUUUGACAGAUUCUGAGCGAGAGGGAUCUCUACUAGAUUUGGGUUGCGCUUGGAUGGGAACCAAGUAGAAGGACGGACAUUUCAACUAGAAUCUUCAUUCCAGACGGUAUCUACCCAGUUUGUAUAUAAUGAAAGCUUGCUGUACACCUCUUCGACGGCAUUCACGAGUACCGGUUCCUCGAAGCCUUUGACGCGGGGACCCCUGACAGCGCCAUUGGACUCUUCCAACCGCGGUCGUUUCUGCGCGCGACCGCUCUGUAAUUGACUAGGAAUGCCGUUGGCAGUGUAGCCUGGGCUGUCAUCUCGAGCUUGACACAGUCGAUCGGCCAGCGCGUUGAUCAGCCUCUGCUGGAGAAGCUUGAAUACGGGAUCUCCGUACUGCAGUGUUCGGUCGACUGCAGCUCGGAGCAGCCCUUCCUCGUGUUCGUCCACGGACGACGUCAGUCGCCGCACCCGCACUACUUCGUCUGCGAAGUUGACCACUUUAGAGCCCGUCCCGUCGGGCUCUACGUCGUCCACCUCGGCUUUGAGGAGUAUCCAGACACGGUUCAUGAAUUCCUCGGCGAUCGUGUCUCCGCUGGAGGGUGGUAAGCGGGUGAGCGAUCGCAACGACGCGGCGACGACCAGCGCCUGGAUGUAGUUCUGCACGUAGACAAGCCGCGUUGUCACGAAGAAGAACUGGGGAGGCAGUUCGUUCGGUAGUUUCUCUGCCGGACUUUGGUUCUGCCCAGGUACAGGGCAAGAAAGCGCGUCCGUUGAGCGCAGGGAUUGUCCGAGGCGUCUGAUCCAUACAUGUCUCUGCUGGUCGGAAUCAGCCAGUCCCUCGAGCCAUUCGGUCCAUAGUUCCUCAAGCUUCUGUUCGCCACCCCAAAGCUGCAAGGUCAAUUGCCUCUCCUGGCUCGUGGCCUGCUCCCGCACGACUUCCUUGACCUGCGAUUCCGUGAGCGAUCCGAAAACGACCUGGUUCAGAUCGCUCUUCAUAUUCUCUGCGAGCGCGAGGAUCGCCUUGAACGUGUUGAUCGUCAGAGAAGCAAGGGAGGCCGAGGCAGGCGACUGGGUGUCCGAGUCGCCGGGUUUGGUAUCAGUCACCGUGGCGGAUAUUGGCGCGUCGAGAUCCAAAAUGAGUUGGUCGAUCACCGCGUCUCGAACGGGUGCAGCGCGUUGACGGAGCGCGACCAGAACCUCCCGAAGGAUCAUGUUCGUCGUAAUCAGCGGGGACGCCGUCGGAGGUAGCGGGUACGACAGCGUAAGGAUGGUGCGAUGAUUGGGAGGGAACAGAGGCGAUAGCGUAUCGUGCACUUCCAAAAACUCAUUAAUUUCAAUAUCAGAAGACUGGAUGGAACGCUCCGCGCACAAUCCUUCAAGAGCCCUUUGAGACGGGCGAUCUGCACCGACGGGGUGGGGUCGGACAGCGCUUCCAGCGCCUACCACACGAUUGAGAUGAGCUGCUGCAGUAUCUUCGUGCAUGGAACAAAUACCUGGUCCCAGAAGGCGCCGUGUAUCACCUUCUCGACUCGUGCAUGCAACGCCGCGGUGCCAUCCUGAGGCCGUUCUUCCGAACGCGACUUGGUCAGCAUGGACAGUAAUGACUUCCCGCUGGGCACGACGAGCUCUGGCUCCGUAGCCAGCACAUGCAACAUCUGGACGACCUCCAGAUCCAUGGUCACCGAAAGUCUGCGGCUGAGAGAGGGGAACAAGAUCCGCGACAGCCCGCGGCUGAGUCCGCAAAGAUAAUGGCUCGGGUGAGGAAGGGCAUCGCUUACAAACAACACGAUCACGUCAAUUUCCGACCACUUUCUCCCUCUCGCUGACCAACAUGUUCGCUCGUUUCGCCCGGUCCUGUAGGCAAUCUCUCGGCUCGCAGUCCUUCCAUCCCAGAGCCGGGUCUUCAAAACGCGCUUUUGCAGCGGGCGCCGGGACCGUGCUCGCUGUGGGCGUGCCCGGCUUAAUUUCCAUCCGACCGUUUAAGAAGGAGGACAUAGACAAACUGCAGGGACUACAAUGGCCUGCAGGCCACCCGAACGCGAAGCCGCCACGGACGCCUGAACCCGCCCCAGUGCAUGCCUCAGAGUCCGAAAUGACCGAAGCCCAACCGACGAGCGACUCGAACGGCGGCGCCUUCAACCCCGAAACGGGGGAAAUCAACUGGGACUGCCCGUGUCUGGGUGGGAUGGCACACGGACCGUGUGGGGAGGAAUUCCGAGCUGCGUUCUCGUGUUUUGUGUUUUCGGAAGAGGAACCCAAGGGUAUCAACUGCGUGGAAAAGUUCCAGGGGAUGCAGACAUGCUUCAGGCAGCACCCGGAGGUCUAUGCAGCUGAAAUCGCGGAGGACGAAGCGGCUGACGAGGACCCUGUUACUGCAGCAGAACGAGUACUGGGUGAAGAUCCCGACCCUGUUGCUGCAGCAGAGCGGGCACUGGCUGAAGACUCGGAGCCUACAGCGUAAACCGCACAACCUUGCAUCCCAACUCACGUUCACAUGCACCAAAAACACAUACAUAAAAAAACACUAGAUUUACAAACAGACAGGCGUAAUCUCCACUCAGGUUGAUUUGAACUCUUUGGUGAUGUUUCCAUCGCUGGCCUUGUAUCCGUUGGCAGUAAACAGUCGAGAGCGCAGGAAGGGAGUGACAUCGAAAAUGUCGUGGUCCUUGGCCCGGGCCUCCAACUCGGCGAGCUUCACAACGACGGACUUGGGUGUUUCGCGGAAUUGCAGCUGGUGAAGCCGUGCCUUGUCCUUGACGAGCCCGCCGAGGAGGAAGGCGAGCAAUUCCUCGUGGUCUUUGCUUUGUGUGAGAUACUUGCGGAAGCCCCGCUGCAGCGUCUUUUUGAUGCUCAUCUUCUGCGCGUUGAUGAAGCUGCCGACUGCGACUUCAAUCGCCAGGUCGAUGUCGUCCGCGCGCACAUAUUCGCGGAGAGCCAUCUUUGCACUGGCCUCUGCCAUCCGAAUCAUGCUCUCCAGGUGGCGCACGGUGACUGGGAAAGAGCCCGUCGCAAGAGAUUCACGGCGGAGAUCAGCGAACAAGUCGGAGAGCUUGUUCUGGUCGAGUGCAUGCAGUUUCGGAUAGACCUUUUCCCGCGCGUACAUGAUGUACUUGCGCAGGGUGUCUUGAGGAAUGAUCUGCACCGUUUAGUAUCCGAGUCCAUCGUGUGAAAUGCGGACAACACUCACAUCAGCAUCCAGGGUGGUCCCAACCUCCAUCUCAUCUUGUUCCUUCUCAAACUUGGGGUGGCUGCGCAAGUGACUGCCAACGACGAAACGCGCCAGCAGCUCGUCGGCCACGGGAUCCACACUGUCCUUGACAACGCAGAGCACGUCGAAACGGGACAGAAUAGGCUCUGUCAGCUCGACAUUCUGUUGGAACGGGAUCGUUGGAUUAUACCUGCCCCGGAUCGGAUUUGCGGCUGCAAUAACCGCACAGCGCGCCUGCAGCGUUGUGAUGAUCCCUGCUUUGGAGAUCGAGAUCGUCUGCUGCUCCAUGGCCUCGUGAAUUGACGUCCGGUCUGCAUCGUUCAUUUUGUCGAACUCAUCGAUCAGACACGUGCCCUUGUCUGCGAGCACCAACGCGCCACCCUCCAGCGUCCAUUCGCGAGUCACAGGGUCUUUGCGCACGCUAGCAGUGAGACCGACGGCAGACGCGCCUUGGCCCGUCGCAAAGACCGAGCGGUGCGCAGUCUUCUCCGCGUACUUGAGGAACUGCGACUUGGCGGUCCCAGGGUCUCCCAGGAGCAGUACGUUGAUAUCCCCACGAAUACGAUGUUUGUGGUCGAUAUCUUUCGGCACACCGCCAAACAGAGACAGCGCAAUCGCGGUCUUAAUGUCCUCGUGACCGUAAAUCGAGGGCGCGAUCGACUUGAUCAGGCGCUUGCGGAUGCGGUCGUCGCGGGCCAACAGCCGGAUUUGCUUCUCGUCGUCCUCCGUCAGUCUGAACGCAGCAAACAAAUCUUCUUUUUUGUUCACGUGGUUCGCCUCGAUGAUCGUGGAGAAGACAGGGAAACCGUUCUUCGCGUUCAGCGACGCAUCAAAGUUGUUGCGGUAGAUGCCGGUAAUUUCCUGCGUCGAUUAAUGAAAGUAACAACAAGCAGCGAGACACCGCCCACCACUUCUUCGCCCGGUUUGGCGCUAUCAAUGAGAUCCCACAACAAGAUGAUUUCUCGGUGUCGAGGCAGUCGUCCAGCUGGAACAGAUCCAGGAGACUCCUGCAAAGUCAUCUUCUGAUAAUUGCGGUACACAGUCUAUAGAGCCAUAAUCAGCAUACGUCGGUCCAUCUCGGAUGAAGAGCCGGACCUGUUCGGAAUUGACGGGAAACGGCCCUUUACUUUCGCAUCGUCCACAAAAGCUGAUCUUGACUUCCGUAGCUUCACGAGUCGCGUCUUGAUAGAACGGGCCUAGAACGGCGCCACACUUCUUGCAGUCAAAUUUAACAUACUUGAGCUGCGGGAAAACACCGCUUCGACGGGUUACUACACCGGUUACGCGGACGAGGUUGUUAAGGUGAGACCGCCGCAAUUCACGCAAGGACGAGCUCAAGGGAAGCUCGGAUAUGCGAACGUGAAUCUCCGAAUGGAUUCUCCGAUACGCUGGGAAAUAUACGAGAAUAGCGUCAAGCGCCACUUCAUCGAAGAUUUCGAGCAUGGCUGAGGGUGCAUUUGUCAAGAAGUAGGCAAGGAUUGCUUUGGACGUUGCAAGGUGCACAUAAGACACUUCGAGAGAUUCGGCGUUGU